UACUCUUCCUCUUCACUCACCUCUUUUAUUCACUCACUCACUCACCACUCUCCUCCUCUUUCCAAUUCACAAUGCAAACGCCGAUGGAAACUCCGACGAGCGUUGCGCCGAAGCUGCGACCUCGAUCGGGCCGGACGCCACUUAAGCCCAUGAACUCUCCCGCCGAGCCCAUUCCCCCUACCGCAAAGCCCAAGCCCAAGCCCGAUCAUCCACCUUCCGUGAUCCUACCGAUCCUCAACUCCGACAAGGAGAACCGUCCGGCCGCCACCGCGAUUCCUCCGCCUCCGCCGCUGGAAACCUCGCUGGCGGAGGAGCUGAUCGCGAUCAAGAAGAAGCUGGAGAGGCUGAGAGCAGACAAAGAGAAAACGGAGCAGACGCUGAAGGAGAAAGAGGCGGUGCUGGACGCGAAGAUGAAGGAGAUGGAACAGAGAGGCGAGAUUCAGAAGAAUCUUGAAAUCCAGGUCGAUCGGUUGUUCCGAUUGAAGGAACUCAAGUACCGAUGCAUGAGAGUUUCUCCGAUGCGAACGCUCAGAGAGAAGGAACAAGGGAAGAUAAUCAAUGAAGCAACUCCAUCGCCAUCAGAGGUGAAAAUGGAGGAAACUGUGGCGUCUGAAUCUGAAUCUGAAUCUGAAUCGGUUAGAGAUGAUUCCCAAGCACUGCAAAGUCCUGGUUCAGCUUGUUCACAAACUCGAACUACAGAAACUACACAUACAAAUUCUGCAUAAUUUCCCGUUAUGCUGUUCUUUUUCCCUUUGAAUUUAUAUUCCAUAUUGCAAUAUGUACUUUUUUAUUACAUGUUAAGAAAGAAAAUGGAUCACAGUUUUUUUUACA